AUGGCCCUGCGCAGUGGGGCGGGCUGUUUCGGCCGGGUCUGGCGCAGGGUGUCGGGGCUCCCGGACGCCUGGCCCCGGCGCUCGAGCAGCCUCCUGUGCCUGUCCGCCUUCUCGCCGGAGCCCGGGCCCGCGCCGCCCCUGCCCCGCCAGCCGCCUCGCGGUGGCGGCGGCUGUGGCGGCCCCGGCGGAGGGGGGCCCCCCCAGCCUCCCCGCCCCCCGCCUCCCCGCUGCUGCUGCUGCUGCUGCUGCCGCCGCCGCUUACAACUUGGAGGCGGCGGCGGCGGCGGCGGAGGAGGCGGCGGCGGCCGCCGGGCGCUGCAGUGGGACGCGCGCGGCUGCGAGCCUGCGGGACAUGCCCCCCGCGCCGGCUCCUUGCUGGCGGCCAUGAAGAGGCAGAACGUGCGGACUCUGUCCCUCAUCGUCUGCACCUUCACCUACCUGCUGGUGGGCGCCGCCGUCUUCGACGCCCUCGAGUCGGACCACGAGAUGCGCGAGGAGGAAAAACUCAAAGCCGAGGAGAUCCGGAUCAAGGGCAAGUACAACAUCAGCAGCGAGGACUACCGGCAGCUGGAGCUGGUGAUCCUGCAAUCGGAGCCACACCGCGCUGGCGUCCAGUGGAAAUUCGCCGGCUCCUUCUACUUUGCGAUCACGGUCAUCACCACCAUAGGUUACGGGCACGCCGCUCCCGGCACGGACGCGGGCAAGGCCUUCUGCAUGUUCUACGCGGUGCUGGGCAUCCCGCUGACCCUGGUCAUGUUCCAGAGCCUGGGCGAGCGGAUGAACACGUUCGUGCGCUACCUGCUGAAGCGCAUCAAGAGGUGCUGCGGCAUGCGCAACACGGAGGUGUCCAUGGAGAACAUGGUGACCGUGGGCUUCUUCUCCUGCAUGGGGACGCUGUGCAUCGGGGCGGCCGCCUUCUCCCAGUGCGAGGAGUGGAGCUUCUUCCACGCCUACUACUACUGCUUCAUCACGUUGACUACCAUUGGGUUUGGGGAUUACGUGGCCCUGCAGACCAAGGGCGCCCUGCAAAAGAAGCCGCUCUACGUGGCCUUUAGCUUCAUGUAUAUCCUGGUGGGGCUGACGGUCAUCGGGGCCUUCCUCAACCUGGUGGUCCUCAGGUUCCUGACCAUGAACAGCGAGGACGAGCGGCGGGACGCCGAGGAGCGGGCGUCCCUCGCCGGCAACCGCAACAGCAUGGUCAGCCACAUCCCCGAGGAGGCACGGCAGGGCCGGCCCCGGUACAAGGCGGACGUGGCGGACCUGCAGUCCGUGUGUUCCUGCACCUGCUACCGCCCGCAGGAAUACGGUGGCCGCUCGGCGGCACAGCAGAACUCCUUCAGCGCCAAGCUCGCCCCCCAGUACUUCCACCCCAUCUCUUACAAGAUCGAGGAGAUCUCACCAAGCACAUUAAAAAACAGCCUCUUCCCGUCCCCUAUUAGCUCCAUUUCUCCCGGGUUACACAGCUUUACCGACAACCACAGGCUGAUGAGACGGCGGAAGUCCAUCUAG